AUGAAAGCAUUGGCUCGAUCAUAUGUCUGGUGGCCACAACUCACUAACUCAAUUGAAAACAGAGUAAAAAAAACGCAAAAAAUGCCUGCAAAUGCUGAACUACAUAUGUGGGAAUUUCCCUCAAAUGCGUGGGAACGAAUUCAUGUUGAUUUUGCAGGACCGUUCAUGGAUAUGAUGAUGUCAGUUGUAAUUGACGCGUAUUCAAAAUGGGCAGAAGUAAUCCCUAUGCGUUCUAUCACUUCGCAAAGAACUAUCGAAGAACUCCGACACAUAUUUGCAAGAUAUGGUGUAUGCAAACAACUAGUGUCUGACAAUGGACCUACUUUCACGUCGGAAGAGUUUGCAAAUUUUAUGAAGAAUAAUGGCAUACGUCAUUCACGAUCUGCACCAUUUCAUCCGUCAAGUAAUGGUAUGGCAGAAAGAUUUGUCGGAAUUUUCAAGAGUUCUCUUCUCCGAGGGAGGAAGGAGAAAGUUGAUAUUUUACACAAACUGGAUAAUUUACUACUAGCGUACAGAAAUACACCUAAUUCGACAACGAACGAGUCACCAGCCAUGUUAUUAAUGAAGCGAUCUCUACGAUCACGUUUAGACUUGGUCAAGCCUGAUCUAGCAUCAAAAGUUAAUGAAAGGCAAACUAACGUGCAAGAUUCAAAAAGAAAUCGUGAAACAAGAUAUUUUGAACUUGGUCAAGCAGUCUUGGCUUGUGACUAUUCUAGCAAAAAGAGAAGAUGGGUCAGUGGCACAAUUAUUAAACAUCUUGGACCACUGACAUACCUUGUCAAAAUUUCUAAUGUUGUAACUUGGAAACGCCAUAUCGAUCAGCUGCUGAAAGCUGAAAAUGACGAACUUUGUCGAAGAUAUGAAGAACCGGAAUGGUAG